UACAAAAAUAUUUCACAAUGUUUCUUAUUUGCAUUAGUAUUCAUUUACAAAUUGCGAUUUACCCCCAUAUUAGAGAAGCUAAUCAAUGCUAUUGUUCUGUUUUAUUUUCCAUCGUAGAACACUGGCGACAGUGGUGCUAACUAUCAUAACUUCCAGAACAACCUGUUUUGCGCACGAGGUCCUGGGGAAUACCUUUUGUGCACGCGUUGUAAGUGAAAUGUUAAUUCCAUUAAGUGCAAUGGCGCCCUCUGCACCUCAUAUCAAAUAAAAUUACCAAACUACUCCAAUUAAGAAACCAUUCACAAACUAUAACUUUGCGAUAAAAUAAAAAUAGAGGGAGGAAAAGAGAGUAAAAACUAAAUGAGCGCAAGGUGGAAACGUGAUCUAUUAAAUUAUAUUAUAAUAUAGUCACAAAUUUAUUAUAUAACACUUGCAUGAUAUAAAAUAAAAUAUCGAAUUACUCAAAAACCACAACUAUACGAUAAAAUAAAUCUAGAGGGGAGAAAAGAGAGUAAAAAAAAUAAGUGAACACAAAGUGGAAACAUGAUCUAGUAAAUUAUAUUAUAAUUUACUCAUAAAUUUAUUAUACAAUGCUUGUAUGAUAGAAAAUUAUGCAUGAAAUCUGUUAGAGGAUUGUUCCAUCUCCCUUCUGUAUAAUAUAGACAAUGAACAAUCUGAAGUACAUCACCUAUUAACAUUAGCCUUGAGUUAUGUAACAGCAAAAGAUACAAGCAUAAGCUUGCCGAUGAAUGGAGCUUAAGAUUUGUGACAGUCUCUGCCUCCCACCGACUGUCACUCGACGCUAUUGUUGACAUUUUGCACAGAAGGGAAACAGUUUGAGCAUUCAUGAACUGUUCAAGGGAAUUUUACAUCCCUUUUAAAUAUUCAUUUGAAUAGAAUUAGUUUAUCGUCAAAUGAUGAGUUCACCGGUGUCCAUAAACAACAAUGGCCCUACGCCUGGUGCUACUGGUAUGGAAACAGUGGUGGCUGUAGCACUCGGUGCCCUGGCUGCUGUUUUCCUUGGAGCUCUCUUAGUUCUGCUUGUUAUUUGCAAAAGACAACGAUGUUACUAUAAUCAGAAAGACUCUCCAGACUUGAGCUCAGACUUGCUAGAAGGAGAGAAUUAUUCUGGCUUGGGCUUAGACGCGUGGGAAAGCGAGGAAUGGUUGGCUGGAGCAGAGAGGUGGGUCGACGACGCUACCGGUCUAGCCCCACUGUGCAUAGCUGUCUUGAGAUCUUGUCACGCUUUGGCUUCGAGCCUCACCGCUAUCGCAGGAACAGUGAACAGUAACACGGUUCCAUUGGAAAUAGUGGACGUUGCUAGACGUAUUCCACCUAGAGUCGACGAUGUGGUCAGAAGUUUGUAUCCGCCGUUAGACGCAAGACUUUUGGAAGCUAGGGUAGCGGCAUUGGUGUUGGCUGUGACGCACUUGGCAUUGGUUACUAAGCACGGAGUAUCGAAAAGCCACGCUAGGAAAUUAGCAUUCAUCGACCAAGCUUUGAGCGACAUGGACUCUCAUUUAUCAAUUCUGAGGAAUGCAGCACUGGCGCAGGAGGUAGCGUGCUCAGUCCCAGCUUCCACGCCAGUGUGAUUAACAUCCUGAUGCGGUAAACAUUUCUUCCAGUAUUCGCUGUUUUUAUAUCCCUCCGUGGUUUUGGGUAUUCGCGCUAAGCUUGGUAGACUCGUCUACCGUCGACGAGUUUCCGAUUCACCUGAGAUCGAAAAGUAUACACAGUGUUAUGAAAACGUUACGCGUUAAUGUAUUUCUAUUUUUAUUAUGUCAAGGUCCAAAACCCAAUAGUGCAAUUCAAGGUUUCCUAUCGACAAUGUUCGGUGCUUUACAUUGUAUCUAAUUGUAGUUAUUAUAAAAAAUGGAUACAUUAUUUUUCAAUGACGUAUUAAAAAAUAUCGUGAGAUAUACAUUUAAACAUUUUUUUUUUUUGCGACAAGAGAACGCUAGUUGUUGACAUGGAUAUGCGCGGAAUUCGUUAGUCUUCCAUUGUUCUACUAUUCGAGUGUUUAUGUAUAAGGUAAAAACUAUAUCUCGAAGACCAUGUCAAUUGUAUUAAGUAUUUAUAAGUGUUUGUACACAUAUUUUGUAUAUCUAUGAGAAAUGAAAUUAAUUUAUAGAUAAAUAGGACUUUGUAAUAAAGCUGAAUAUUUCGAGUAUUCGUAGUGAUUUUUUUUU